CACGUUAGAGCAAGGCCAGAAGUGGUAGCAUCUGGCCAUAAGCCUGGUUGCCCUGCUCGUUUUGACAUGGCAUUGAUCUCAGAUGGGCCUCGGUCUUUGCCCUUGCGCACUCUUGAAGUAGCUCAGGUUCGCGCUAUAUUCAGCCUCCCUUGUCAGUUCGGCAUAUACCCCAGAGCCCUUGCUUACAUUGAGUGGAUUACGCCUUUCAGACAUCCAGACCCUUCCUCUCGGUUGCAACAAGUCUCUUGCUCAACACACCAACUCCGC